AGUUGUCUCAUGAUAGACGAAGAAGAGAGAAGUGAAGACGUGCCGUUAGACGCGCGUCCUGAGCCGUUGCCGCCGGUGCCAAAGGGACGGUCUGCUCGAUGUGUGAGGUUGGAUGUUGGAGCUCGACUCGAAGCUCAAGAUUUGUACAAAAAUUGGUAUCCUGCAAAGGUUGUUGAUGUUGAUGACGAAGAGAAGGAGGUUCUGAUUCACUUUGACGGUUGGAAUCAGAGACACGACGAGUGGAUCGGUUUUGACAGUCCGAGACUGAGAGCAGUCACAGUUCAAGAGAAACAAGAAUCACGAGUGAAAAUAACUAACAGAACGUUCCAGAUUCGACCAAACGUUCGUGUUGAAGCUCGUUGGAAGACAAUUGGAUACUUUUCUGGAACCGUUGUUGCAAUGAAUGAUGACGAUUCGUGUCAGGUUUUGUUUGAUGAUGGGAUAGAGAUGAAGGUAAUGAAGUGCCACAUACGAAUGCCGAAGUCUAAAGCUGUAACUCCACCUGACACAUCGGUCUGUACUGAGAAAGCAAAACGUCAAGAGCGGCAAACAUUAUUAGCAGAAGCCAGGAGACAGAGGGCUAUAAGACGCAACAGUGAUGGUCAACCAAAGUCUGAACCACCGUCUCCACGGUCUCCUGAAACUAAGGCGAAACAACAUGAUGGCAAGUGCGAAUCAGAAUCACUGUUGCCAGUAAAACAUAAUUUAGUUGCUGAGAUGCCACUCCCAUCUUUUCGGACUGAACUCAACACACCUGCAGAUGUUGACUUGAACACACCCACACCACCCACUACACAGUCAGACGAUGUCGUUUCCAAACCAGAACCAGCACAAGAUCAACUGUCCAUGUCGGUGCCAUCAAUGGUUCCGAUGAUGAACGAGAAGCAAGUGAAGCAAGAAACAAUGCCUUGCUCUCCAGUUCAAGAUCCCAUUGCCAUAGCAACCCGUCAGCCUGAGACAGUUACACCAGUAGUCCAACCAAUAGUGACCACGCCCACGCGUCCAGUACACAAGCCGUUGAUCAAGAGAUCGACCAGAACGGAACCGUUUGUGACACGGAGUAAAACGAAGGCAGCAGACUCGAGAGCCGACAAGCCUUCGUCUCGUUCAUUUGCACCGAAAGAGUGGGUGGUUGUGAUGGAUCAUAACAAAUACAAAUGUAAUGUACGUGGAUGUGACAAAGCGUUUCGGAAAGCUAGUUUGCUGAAUUACCAUGUGAAAUAUUAUCAUUCAGCGGAGCAGCUUGAGAGUCCGUGCAAGAAGCACAAAGCACACAGCGAACAAUCAACAUCCGGUUUAGGGUUGAUUUCAAGGUUGCGAGAACCGUCUCUGUCUGAAACCAAUGUACUACCUCAACCUGAAGUGUCUGGCAAUGAUACUCAAGCAACUCCACAAUCGACAGACAAGCAGACGGCCGCCAGACAGAAAUCGACGAGCAGCUUGAGUCCAGUGAAAGAGAAGAAAGGCAGUGAACGGCCACUCUUUGUGUUGGGUGCGCGUCAUCCACACGAACCACUACAACCAAUUCAUAUCCAAGAGAGAAGAAAAUUUAAGAAAUGUUAUGAUUGGUAUUGGACUGGUGACAUGGGGGAUGUGGAUAAGGCAGGAGACUCGUCUGGUGAUGUCGUCAGGCAGCUGCGUUCGUUGCUCACUGUCUGCCACAAUGACUUGGCUGCUGAUCUUACGGCCGUCGAUGAGAUGUUGAGAAGUGUAGAUAUGCAGAUCAGUGCGUUGAAAAAACUCAAGAAUCUUCAACAAAAAUCAACUCAGAAAUGGAAGAGAAGGGAUGAACUCGUAGAUAGGAGAGCAGGUGGCACUCCAACUGCAAAUGACAACACAGAAGAUGCCGAAACGGUCGCACACUGUGAGGAGAAACCAAUGGACGAAGUGUGUGAAAAUCGAUUAACACGGAGCACGAGUGACGAGCAAGCUUCGACUUCAGAAAGUAGAUGGACAAAAAGCGAAUUAAAACGAGAAAGGGACAAUGAAGUGGACGCAGCAGAUGAAAAAAUUGAUGAAGAGAAACUGAAGAAUGGAAGUCGUGUAGAAAGGAUGGAAGAUGUUAUGUUUUUGCCAGAAACGUGUAAUGAAGAUGGCACGUUUGCUGCCAAUUCGGAGUCAUCAGAUGGAAUGAUGUCAAUGGGACAUGAUCGUGUAUUUGGUUUGUUUAUGGACGGCGGCAGUGUCGACAAGCAGACAGCAGAGAGAGACAGAGAAGAGAAACAACAUGCUAAGUCUGUUUCUCUUGAUGAGGUGAUGACGUCACAUCAUGACGUUAAAAUGACGUCACUGAGUCUAGACAGUCAGGGUAAGAAAGCUGACGACCAGAUGGAUGAGGAUCGGCUUCAUUCUCUGGCAUUGAAAAUACACGCUGAUGACAUGGAUCAAGCUACGUCUGAUGGUCUGAAGUCACCGGGGAGCAGCGGAUCGAGCACUCUUCCAGAUAUGAGUGAAAAUAUGGAAGUUAGCGACAACUUGUUAGAUGGGAAUGCGGAUGGUUGUCAUGUAGAGGGAGAUGAGGACAUGGAGGGCAAUGACCAAGACGAGACACGGUUGUUGCAUUGGAUCGAGCAAUUACAAGAUGAGUUGGAGGAGAGAAUGACCUUUCUCGAGUCUCAAUUGGCUGUUUUGGAUGGGAACGAUGCGAAGACGUUGGAACAGUUGAGAAAGAUGGCGGACAACAUCGAGACGACAUUAGAGACAGAGACAUUAGACGUAGUGAAAGUCGCGUUAACAGCGUUCAAGAUGGCGGAUGCAAGUGAAAAACAAAGAGAGAAAUCAGAUUCUGAGGAGAGUUCAACGUCGUCAUCUGGUGAUGCCGGCAGUUCAGAGUCGGAGCACGAUGCAGCGACAGUUCUCGUUCAAAUGGCAUCUACACCUCCUCGUCAAGGCAAGAAUGAUGCAAAAUCGAAGGAGGAGGAAAAUGCUAGUGAUGAGCCGCCUGCUAAAAAGUCAAAACCGGAACCCGAUCCUUUGGCUACCAGAACAGGAGGUGCUUACAUCCCACCUGCUAAGCUGAGGAUGAUGCAACAGCAAAUAGAAGACAAGAGCAGUGCCGCAUAUCAACGAAUCGCAUGGGAAGCGCUCAAGAAAAGCAUCAACGGGCUCAUCAACAAAGUGAACACAUCCAACGUUGCAGUCAUCGUUCAAGAACUCAUUCAAGAAAAUAUCAUUCGGGGCAGAGGUUUGUUGGUGCGCUCUCUCUUGCAGGCUCAGGCAGCAUCUACAACCUUUACUAAUGUGUAUGCUGGUUUGGUGUCUGUCGUCAAUACGAAGUUUCCUCAGAAUGGCGAGCUUCUUCUUCGCCGUCUUAUCUAUCAGUUUAGGCGUUCAUUUAGAAGAAACAACAAGCCUCUUUGCCUUUCUUCGGCUACCUUUAUUGCUCAUUUGGUCAAUCAACAAGUGGCUCAUGAGGUGCUGGCACUCGAGCUUCUUACGCUCUUACUAGAGACUCCAACCGACGACAGUGUUGAGAUUGCUGUUGCUUUUCUGAAAGAGUGUGGACUCAAGUUGACGGAGGUCACAUCACGAGGAGUCCACUUCGUGUUUGAACGCAUUCGUGGAAUUCUGACGGAGGCAACGAUUGAUAAACGUGUGCAGUACAUGAUUGACGUACUGUUUGCAGUCAGGAAAGACAAGUAUAAGGAUUAUCCGGCUGUCAUCUCGGAGCUGGACUUGGUCGAAGAGUCCGAACAAGUCACACAUCUGUUGACACUGGAAGAUGAUGGCGACCCUGAGGAUCACUUGAAUGUGUUCAAGUUUGAUCCAGAAUAUCUUGAGAAUGAAGAGAAAUACAAGACUAUCAAAGCUGACAUCUUGGGAGAGGGAGCAUCAGAUGAGUCAGGCAGUGGUGAAGAAAGUGAAGAGGAAGAUGAUGAUGACGAAGAACAAACAACUGAAAUUACUGAUGCAACACAGACAAACAUUAUGGGUUUGAGAAGGACUGUGUACCUGACAAUCAUGUCAAGUGUUGACUAUGAAGAGUGUGCUCACAAAAUGGUAAAGAUGCAACUAAAGCCUGGACAGGAGGGUGAAGUGUGUUUUAUGAUCAUUGAGUGUUGCAGUCAAGAAAGAUCGUUUCUCAAGUUUUAUGGGUUGUUGGCUGAGAGAUUCUGUCGAAUUGACAAGUCAUAUGAAGAGCAAUUUACUGCGUGUUUUCAAGAGCAGUAUGAGACUAUCCAUCGUUUGGAGACGAACAAGCUCCGCAACAUUGCCAAGCUAUUUGCUCAUCUCUUCUACACAGAUGCCAUUCCUUGGACUUGCCUUGUCUGUGUUCAUCUCAACGAAGAUGAAACUACUUCCUCCAGUCGCAUAUUCAUCAAGAUAUUGUUCCAAGAGAUUGCUGAGUUUUUAGGACUCCCUAAGCUUAACGAACGCUUGAAAGACCCGACACUGAGUGCAUACUUUGAAGGUUUGCUGCCUCGUGAUAAUCCGAGGAAUACUCGUUUUAGUAUCAAUUUCUUUACGUCUAUUGGAUUGGGUGGUUUGACUGAUGAGUUGAGGGAGCAUUUGAAGUCUGCGCCGAAGAUGAUUAUGUCACAGCAGAGAAAUGUGGAGUCUUCAGAUUCGAGUUCAGGUUCAGGGUCAUCUGGCAGUGAUUCUUCAAGCUCGGAUGAUAGUGACUCAGACUCAGAUGGCUCAGAAGAAGACAGAAGACGUCAUCAAAUAGAACGAGGCAGAAGGCACAGACCUGAAGCCUCUACAAGAUCCAGAAACGACAGAGAAGAGGAAAGACGUAGAGAACACCACAGAGAUGACAGAAGGGGAAGGGACGACGACCGCGCUAGACGUGAAGGGACACGCGAUGAAAGAAGAAGCAACAACAAAGACAGAAGUGAGAGAGACAGUCCAAGGAGAGAUCGUCGAGAGAGAGAAAGGGACGACCGACGAAGAGACGAGAAACGAGGACGGGAGAGAAGAAGAGGCGAUAGUGAUGAGAGGACAGAGAGAAGAGACACACGGUACGGAAGAGGACGAGAUGAUUGAAUUAAAUAACUAGAUUUGAAUACUCACAUUACAGAACAAUCACAAUAUGUGAUCACAUGUAGAUGCAAGUAAGGGGCAAUGGGACCAUAAGUUUGCAGUCUCUUACCAAAAUGUAUACAUUUUAAGUCAAAGUCAGUAGUUUAUAUAGUGGGAGUUCUCGACCACCUCGACAAACAAAGUUGUUGUUGACAUGACUGCUAGACUGUACAUAGUUAGUUUGCAAGUUGCAGUGUUUGUUGUUGUAUUUAGUU